AAUGGAUGGUGGAGAUUGGUAAGAUUCCUUUUCACUAUGGAGUAUCUACGAAUACUUGUUUUGUGCUUGCAACAAACUUUAUAAAAGAACAAAAACCACAUAAGAAAACCAAUAGAUUGAGAGUUUCUACUGUAUUCUUAAAGCAUAGGAAAAAUCUCUUUUAUGAAAACACAACAAGUAGAGUUUUAGAAAAGUUUCGUUGUAGAAUUAGUAUGGCGCUUACGGGUUCUUACUUUAUGUCCACUGUUUCUAGUAUUCCUCCUUUUUUAUUAUCAACUGAAGUUGUGUUUGAGAGGAAGGAUUUGAUUGUAGCCUUUGCAGAUCUACUCGGUGCUACUGCGUGGAUUCUUUGCUGGCAGUGGGUCGCUUCCAAGAAUUGGAUAGAACGAACGAUUAGUAGAAAGAUUGUUCACAUGACUUGUACUCCACUGUUUGUGCUGACUUGGCCGUUCUUUACUGAUUCGUCUGGAUCACGUUGGGUUGCUUGUUUAGUGCCACUAAUUAUGGGCUUACGGUUGUGGAUUGCUGGAAAGGGUUGGUCGAGUGAUACAAUAAGCAAAAUAGUCUCUCGAAAAGGUUCCAUAGAAGAAGCAUUGAAGGGUCCUCUUUAUUAUGUCAUUGUGACUUUUUUGGUUACCUUGUUUUGUUGGAAAGAUAGUCCACUUGGUAUAGUUGCCUUGAUGCAGCUUUGCCUUGGAGAUGGAUUUGCAGAAGUGGUCGGUCGUCGUUGGGGAAAGUCACUUACGUGGCCUUUUUGUCGGGACAAGAGUGUAAUAGGAACUUUGGCUUUUUCUAUCGCUGGAUUUCUUGCCUCCUACUGUGCCGUUGUAUAUUUUAAUAUUGUAGGUAUGAAGUUUUACGGAACUGAGGAGCUUUCUACUUUUUCUCUCCUCAUCAUUACUUUGGCUUGUUCCGCUGUCGAGUUGGUAAAUUUCUGGGAUGACAACUUUUCAGUUCCUCUCAUGGCUAUAUUAAUUGGCGCGCUUUUAACACGACAUUCUUAACCUUCCAAAGGCAUAUUCUUCGACACACGAGUAACAAAUGAAUGGCUUUGGUAAAUUCGAAGCUUCGAUGGGCAUUUUAAAAGCAGCUGAUGUGACAGUAAAUAAUGAAUAUUAGUUUUCUAUU